GAGUGGCGGCUGUAGUUGCUGUGGUUUCGGUUCUGAGGUGGCCCUGAACCUGGCAGCGUAGCGACCUGCGUCUUAGUCCACCCGCCAGUGACUACAGGUUGGGAGUUCGGCAUCCUCUGCUUUUCCUUCGCUACUCACUGCUCGUAUCUACUCCGGAGCGGGUCGCUUCGGGGCGGCUGCGGAGAAGGCCGCCGGCAGGCGAGAUGUUCAAAAACACUUUCCAGAGCGGCUUCCUGUCCAUCCUGUACAGCAUCGGCAGCAAGCCCCUGCAAAUCUGGGACAAAAAGGUACGGAAUGGCCACAUCAAAAGAAUCACUGAUAAUGAUAUCCAGUCCCUGGUACUAGAAAUUGAAGGGACAAAUGUCAGCACUACAUAUAUAACAUGUCCUGCAGACCCUAAGAAGACAUUGGGAAUUAAACUUCCUUUCCUUGUUAUGAUUAUCAAAAACCUGAAGAAGUAUUUCACCUUUGAAGUUCAGGUACUAGAUGAUAAGAAUGUGCGCCGGCGGUUUCGGGCAAGUAACUAUCAGAGCACCACUCGGGUCAAACCUUUCAUCUGUACCAUGCCAAUGCGGCUGGAUGAUGGCUGGAACCAGAUUCAGUUCAACUUAUCUGACUUCACCCGGCGGGCGUAUGGCACAAAUUACAUUGAGACGCUAAGAGUACAGAUCCAUGCAAACUGCCGCAUCCGACGGGUUUACUUCUCAGACAGGCUCUACUCAGAAGAUGAGCUGCCGGCAGAGUUCAAACUGUAUCUUCCAGUUCAGAACAAGGCAAAGCAAUAACUAGAAUGCAACUCAAGUGAUAGACCCUGAAUGUGACUCCUAAGGAAACUAUCUGGAGAAAAAUGCAAAAAACAUUUACUACUUCACUGUGCUAUGGUCAGCUUUGUCAUGGACACUAGUGACCAUAACUUCCUGACUGCAUUGUAAGUACAGCGGGAGAUAAGCAGUGCUUUGAGCGGUACGUGACUGCUGGAGUUUCUCCUGCCGCCUGCUUGUGUGUGGGGAGAUACUUGUACCACGAACAGAGAAUUAAAGUUGUCCAAUAAGGAAAUUUCAGACCAAUAUCUCUCCCUACAAUUUAUUCUUUGUUUUAUAUAUAUCUAAAUAUAUGUAUAUGCUGUGUAAUACUCACUUGGAAAUAAACCAAAUACUGUAUUCUUGGUUUAUAAA